AUGCUUGCAGAAACUCCAUUGAGAAAAUGUUUAAAUUAAUUUUCUUAGGCUAUUGUAUUUUACAUAAUCUUUUUUGUGUAUAUUAUGACAGAUUACCUAACUUUAAAAAAUCCUUAUUCUUCUGCGUAUCUCUAAAUCAUAUAGAUUUUUUGGGUUCCUUUAAAAAUAACAUAUAUAAUGGUUAUAUGGUCUUUUAUUAGAUGCAUAUUUAGUGAUCCUGGCAAAGUUAUUUUUUAGAUAAAUUCAGGUUCCAUAUAAUUGGCAAUUUCAAUUGGGUUAAUAGUUUGAUUAUGAAACAGCUAGAUAUUGCUUAUUUUGCCAUAGAUUUAAGCCUGAUCGUUGUAUUCAUUGUCCAUGGUAAAAUAACUAUCAUUUUAAAAAAGGUGUAAUAGAUGUGUAUUAAAUAUGCAUUUUCAUUUUCAUAUGAUAGGAAAUUGUGUAGGAUAUUUUAAUCGCAAGUUUUUUUUAUUGUUAUUAUUCUACAUAAAUUUGACUACAUUAUUUAGUGUAAUAUUGUUAAAUUUAAAAGUAUAUUCAAUAUUGAAGGAUAUAAUUGAAAUUGAUUGGAAAUUGAUAUUUGAGUACUAUAUAAUAAUACCUACUUUUUGUUUGUAAGAAAUAAAAGAAUAAUAGAUAUAUAUGUUUAAUUGUAUUUGGUGUAAUAGUAUUUCGUUGUUUAAUUUUUCAUUUAAGUUUAGUGUUGACUAAUGAGACAUUAAUAAGUUUAUUGUAAAUAUCAAAUCGUGGAAAUGUAUAUGAUUUAGGGUAGAUGAAUAAUUAAAUAAAAAGUUUGAAACGGAAUUGGUUUUAAGUAAUGGGGAAUAAUCCUUGGUUAUGGGCAUUUCCUAUAUUUGGAGUGAAUGGAAAACCAUUAGGAGAUGGUAUAAGAUGGGAGAGAAAUGAAAAUUGA